AGAUUAAUUGUUUUGGUCUUUCUCUGCCUUCUUGUUCGUAAACAGCGAACUAGUUCCAUUGUACCAAAUGAAUUUUUCGGAUAUAUCGAUUCUAUCGUACUUACUAGGUACCCGAGAUUCGAGAUGCUGGAAAACUGCCAGAGACAUCACAUGCUCCUUGGCCUUGGAGCGCUGACAAUUGUCACCAUUCUAGUCCUGAUAGUGGAGUCGCGUUAUGCUGCCGAUGGACCCCGUCGCAACAGGGAGCAGCAGUUCAUCAUCGAAAACAACUCGACCUGCUGGCGGCACGAGAAGUACACCGUGGUGCAGGAGUGCCAUCCUUGCAGCGACUUCGACAUAGUUAGCCGGAGCUUGGGCGUCUGUAUCCACACGCACUACAAGGAGCUGCUGCGCUGCCAGAGCGGCGAGAUCGUGACCAAAAGCUGUGACCGUGUGGCUCUCAUCGAGCAGCGUAACUUUGUGAAGUUCGAAGCUCUUUGCCUUGUUGUCGGAGUGCUGGCCUAUUUGGUCAGCUAUGCCCGCGACCGUGUCCUGUCUAGGCGGAACUACAUGCGAAUCGAGCGGCAGCUAAAUCGGGUGCAAUAGGUCUGUGGUCCUGGCCAACACCCACCCACCCAUGUGAUACUCAUUGUUGUACGGGAGGUACAUUACAUUAUUUAAUUAAGUUUAAGUACAUACACUUGAAAUACCUUUGUUAAAAUUCAUUUGCUAAUACUAGAGGGUACUGAUAUUGCA